AACUAAAGUAGGCAUCCAGUCGUGGCCAGUAGGAGCGGCGCUUGGUGAUUCUUGGCUACCGAGCCGACAUGGCCGAGUUAGAGCUGAAGCGAUGGAAGGGGAAGCAGGAUGAAAUGACUGGAGCUUACUGGAGGAAAACAAAAGAAGCCAGAAAACAGGCAAUAAAAAACUUCAAAGAACAGAAAUUCUUGAAGAAGCUUGAGAAACAAAGGGCUGAGCAGCAGAAAACAGAAAAAGACCAAGAGGAAAAGAAAGAACAGAAAGAGAGGCUGCCUACUGUCAGUGUGGCGUUGCCAGGGUCAGUUCUGGAUAAUGCCCAAUCUCCAGAUCUCAGGACAUAUUUGGCUGGACAGAUAGCUCGUGCAUGUACUGUGUUCUGUGUGGAUGAAAUUGUAGUCUUUGAUGAACAAGGAGAAGAUGCAAAAACCGUGGAAGGUGAAUUCCAAGGAAUUGGGAAGAAGGGCCAUGCCAGUGUGCAACUUGCACGGAUUUUGCAGUACCUUGAAUGUCCACAGUACCUAAGGAAAUCUUUCUUUCCAAAGCAUCGGGAUCUACAGUUUGCAGGUCUCCUAAAUCCACUGGACAGUCCACACCAUAUGAGAAUUGAUGAAGCUUCAGAAUAUCGGGAGGGAGUGGUUGUUGAUAAGCCUUCUAAGUCUAACAAAGGAUCAUUUGUUAAUUGUGGCAUGAGAAAGGAUGUACAGAUUGACAGAUGUCUUCGGGCUGGCCUCCGUGUUACAGUUCAAUUACACAAGAAUAAACAUCCAGAGAGCAAAAGGUUUAAGGGUACAGUUGUCGCACCUCAUGUUCCUCGGAUGGAAUCUGGUCUUUACUGGGGUUACACAGUUCGACUGGCUUCUUGCCUCAGUGCUGUAUUUACAGAGUGCCCAUUUGAAGAUGGAUAUGAUCUUACAAUUGGUACAUCUGAGCGAGGGUCAAAUGCUGAUGGCACUACGCUUCCUUCAUUCAGGCACAUGUUGGUAGUGUUUGGUGGUCUUAAGGGACUUGAGGCCAGUGUUGACGCUGACGAAAACCUCAAGCUUACAGAGCCAAGUGUCCUCUUUCACCACUAUCUCAACACCUGUCCUGGUCAAGGCAGCCGUACCAUCCGCACUGAGGAAGCCAUUCUCAUCACUCUUUCUGCAUUACGACCAAAGAUCGACAGUGCACUCGGAAGAGCCGAUUCAAGUUGAAUUAAAGGGAACAUUUACAAUAUGGCAUCUUUUACUCUAACCUUGGAGGAUCGUUAAUUAUCAACUAUUGCUUGUUCUCCUGGCAGAUAUUGGAGCUUAUUCUACCAUGUGUUGCCCCUUUUUAUGUAGGAAUCUGCAGAAUGUUUACCAGUUAAAAGAACUAUUGGUGAAGAUUUUUAAUACUAUUAUUGAUCUUCAAGCAUUCAAGUACAGUAAUGAUAUAGAACACAAAAGACUAUGAUGUAUGUGGAAUAAGGACUUUUUUUGCUUCUGAGUGUAAAAUAGUUGCAGAUCAGAAGCAGACUAUAUAUAGAUUCAUGGUUUUCUAAUUUUUGUUGAAUUACCCAUUUUUCCUGUUCCUCCUUCCUGCCAUCUGCUGUAUUGCUCCAGAUCCCUCAAAUAAUCUUCUUGACUAUUUCUAGCUAUUCAUCUCUAUCCAAAGCAGUUGGGCUCAGCUUAGUCGUACAUAGCCCAAAUACAUAAAGUCCUUCAGAUCACCAUUGAAAUACUGUCAAGACGCAAAUUAAAUUAAUCAACUUUAUCAGUA